CAAUCCCCGCACUUCUCGCCUCCGGGACGUUUUAAUUAUCUUCCGCCAAAUGCCAAGUCCGCUCUCCGCCACUGAAGUCCAAACAGUGUCUCAAGAAUGUGAGGAGACAGAAUCGUGAACCACUGAGAUGGCAGGAUAAAUGAGAUAUCACCUAUUCUCUAGCGCAAACAUGAAAUUGGGUAGCAUCAUAGAUAUUCUCACAUUUGCCACGAUAAGGGGUGAUUGAUAUUCAGGGAUGAAAUUGUCAAGGUUCAAGGUCAAGGUACCCUAGAACCCCCGAAGCCCCUGUUAGUGCGGCGGAGUUUUGGCGGGCUUUCCGCUGCGCCGUUAUCCGACAAUGCAUCUUGCAGUGCAGGUUUCAAUCAAUUGAGAUCUGUUCAAUUAAGAAUCGAUAUGGAGACAGCGCAAUCAAGUAGAAGAAAAGCGUGCGAUUAUUGUGUGUCGCGGAAGAUUAAAUGCGACGGGCGCAAACCGACAUGCUCUAAUUGCACGCUAUACGCUGUUACCUGCAAGACGACUGUAACAAGUCGUAGAAAGGCGCCUCGCAAUGGUGGAAUCACUCCGGCACCCAUAGCGCAAUCUGAGACUCAACCCGAUCGUAUGGCCUCUCUUGAAGAGCGCUUAGCUAACAUUGAGGCUCUGCUCACCGCGCUUGGGGGACAAACAACACAGCCUGGACUCGACAUUUCUCUCAGCGAUAUUGAUGCUUCUGGGUCCUCGAAUAAUUGGGGCAUUUCGCCGAUUCAGACACCUUUGGACGUAGCCCAUUGCGACGAUGCAGCCCUCUUAAACGCGAACUCUCAAUUGACCAAGGCUGCGACCUCAGAUCAGCUCGAGCUCGCUCCUCUGUCAGAAGUCCUCCCACUUGUGGACAACUAUUUCCGUAAUUACAACACCAUAGUCCCACUAUUCGACGAGAAUGCAUUCAUGCGCAUGCUUCUCGAUUGGUACUCUUCAUCAACAAAACGCUCUAUGGUCACAUGGGCUGCUAUAAAUGUCGUCUUGGCCAUCAAUUAUCGCAUCCUUGAGGGAAAGACAAUGGACGACCCUGCAUUUUCCAAAAGUAUUCGCAAUGUACGUUCUGUAAUGUCAGAGCUAAUGACGCAAGGCCAGGACUUGAUGGGAUUGCAAGUGCUUCUGGGCAUGGUGAUCCUGUUUCAAGGGUCUUCAGAGGUCCAACUCGCUAUCGUUUUAACUGCGAGUGUCAUUCGGCUUGCGCAAAGUCUCCGGCUGAACUCGAAGAAGGCGCUGAAAGGACUCCCGAAAUCAGAGCAAGCACAUAGAACCCGUCUGUUCUGGCUUUCGUACAUCUAUGACAGGGAAAUGGCCCAAAAGUCCCAAUGCCCGUAUCACCAGCCCGACAGUGAAACAGACAUGGACCUACCAGAAGCAGACCCUGAAGACAAUCUCGGUGUCAUUACCUCAUCGACUGACACCAUUCGGUUCAACUACCUCCGUUCAUGCGCCAAGUUUGCAUUCAUCCAAGGAAAAGCCCAUGAUGUUCUCUACAGCCAACAGUCCCAUACCCUCACACCAGAAAAGAAAGCCAGCUCAAUCACCCGUGUAGAAGAGAUGCUACAAGAAUGGGUGGACGAAAUACCCCCUGAGCUUCGCACCACAGAGGGUAUUGGGAAGAGGCUAUCCCCAGUAGCUAGGGAUAUGAUGACGAACUUAUGGUCUCGCCACAUUGAGACCCGGAUCAAGAUUCACUCGAUAUUUACCUUUGAAGAUACAUGGAUCAACAGAGUGAGGCGGUAUUUGUCACCCGCUGUGAUAGAUAUCAGCGACGACGUUGAUGGGGAGGUUAGAAGAGCGGAUCUUACGCCUCUACCAGCGGGGUGGGAGGAAUGUGUCGGAUAUAGUCGAGUCUGUUUGGAGUUACUCAGUUCGGCAAAACUGACAGAGUAUAUUCUAUGGCUACAUACAUGCACCGCACUCCCAUGCCUGAUCCUCAUCAUAGUCAACAUGAUCGAGUUUCCCGACCACGAUCUUGUUACUCAAGAUAGGAAGCUUUUGGAUAGUUGUUUUGGAGCCUUUGACGAUAUGAUCAAAUAUCUGCCCAAAGAGCCGUUUGGCACAAUAUUAUCUAUUUCUCAUCAGUUGGAUCGAAGGGCCAGGGGGCAGGUUUACCGCACUAUGUUGACGAAAGGGGAUAUAUCUUAUGACGGUGAUUUCCAGAUGAGUCCUUCGACUGCGUGGGCGCUUUUGGAUGACAUCGAGUUUCAGUAAGGGAAGACCUGCUCACCAUAUUAUCAAGCAUUAGUUCAGUCCAAUCCCAUACAAUGUCUUGAAUCCUAGCUUACCUU